AACUAUUCGGCGCACAUUAUCAAACUUAGCACAAGUAAAGCGCACAAUAGCAAUCUGAGAAGGAAGAUGCAUUCUUCGUCCACCUUCUCCUUCCAAUCCUUCAAGUGUUCAACAUUCUAUCUUUUCGUCGCCCUUAUCCUACGCCACCACACAGAACAUCACUCUACUUCCUCUCUCCUCCUUUCCUUUUUCUUAAUUCUCUUAUCAUUUCUAGGGUUCUCUUUUCUCUCGUUAUUUCUCCAAUGGCGGUUCCAUAAUUUUUUUACCGUUCUUGAUUUAUUCGAUAGUAUUCUACUCCUUGCAAUAUGGGUCGCAAUUCGCAGUUCUCCUUCGAUAAUCUUUUCAAUCUCGAGUCCUUGGUGAAUUUUCAAUUGCCGCACCCGGAUGAUGAUUCUGAUUAUUAUGGGAGUAGCAGUCAGGAUGAAAGCAGAGGUGGUCACAGUAAUGGAAUCAUGUCUGAAAGGGAAGCAAAGAAAAGGAAUAGGAAUAGGAACAAUGAUGAUGAGUUAGAAAAUGGAUACUAUAGGAAUUCCGUUACGGAAGAGCGUUAUCGAUCUAUGUUAGGCGAACAUCUUCAAAAAUACAAGAGGAAGCUUAAAGAUUCUUCUCUGAGUCCAGCACCUGCACGGAUCCCUUUCUCUGUUCCAAAGAGUUGUGCUACUGUGCCCGUGGCUCAUAAAAGUCGAAAGUUUGUAACUGAGAACCAAGGUGUAUUACGUGAGGUGGAGAAAGCUCCAGAGUAUAUGUUCCGCUCCUAUUCUCAAAACAUGGGGAACGAUUAUGAUGCAGAAUUUUCACUAAAAUACGCGAAUGACAGAAUGACACAGGAUCCUGUAUAUUUGGAUAUUGGAGAGGGUAUUACUUAUGAAAUUCCCCCAAAUUAUGACAAGGUCGCAGCAACUCUGAACUUACCAAGCUUUUCAGAUAUUAGAGUGGAAGAAUUUUACUUAAAGAGUACCUUGGAUUUGGGUUCUCUGGCUAAAAUGAUGGCUGCUGAUAGGAGGUUUGGACGUAGAGGUAGAGCUGGUAUGGGGGAGGUUUUGCCCCAAUUCGACUCACUUCAAGCAAAACUGAAGUCUCUGGUAUGUAAUGAUCAGGCUCAAAGUUUCAAUUUGAAAGUGACAGAAGAAGGGUUGAAUUCAAUUCCUGAGGGAGCAGCAGGAAGGAUACAAAGAUCAAUAUUGUCUGACGGUGGUCAAAUGCAAUUUUACUAUGUCAAGGUUUUGGAAAAGGGAGAUACAUAUGAGAUUAUUGAAAGGAGUUUACCAAAAAAGCAAAAGGCAAAGAAAGAUCCAUUUGUACUUGAAAGGGAGGAAAGGGAAAAGAUCGGAAAAGUCUGGGUUAAUAUUGCUCGAAGAGAUAUACCAAAGCAUCAUAGACUUCUUACUAACAACCAUCGCAAACAGUGUAUGGAAGCAAAGAGGUUGGCAGAAUUCUGUCAGAGAGAAGUGAAAUUAAAGGUGAGUAGAUCUCUCAAAUUGAUGAGGGGCUCUGUAAUUAGAACAAGGAAACUGGCUAGAGACGUUCUGGUUUACUGGAAACGAAUGGAGAAGGAGAUGGCAGAAGUGAGAAAGAGGGAAGAAAAAGAAGCUGCAGAAGCUCUGAAGCGUGAACGUGAGGCUGAAGAAGCAAGAAGACAACAAAAAAGGCUUGAUUUUCUUAUUUCACAAACAGAACUUUUCAGUCAUUUCAUGCAGAACAAGUCUACUGUACGCCCCUCUGAGGCCUCUGCUGGUGCCGAGGAAAUUAGCAAUGAAGAAGUUGAAGAUGAAAAGGCUGUUGAAGAAGAUUCGGAGGAUGCUGAAUUAAAGAAAGAGGCUCUAAGGGCUGCUCAAGACGCCGUUUCUAAGCAGAAAAAGUUGACUAGUGCCUUUGAUGAUGAGUGCUUGAAGUUGCGGCAAUCACCAGAUAGUGAAGUUCCUGUUGAAGAUGCCUCAGCUCCUGGAUCCAGCAAUAUUGAUCUACUUCAUCCAUCUACUAUGCCGGUUACAUCGACAGUACAGACACCGGAGUUAUUUAAAGGCUCAUUGAAAGAAUAUCAAUUGAAAGGCCUCCAAUGGCUUGUUAAUUGCUACGAACAGGGUCUAAAUGGUAUUCUUGCUGAUGAGAUGGGAUUAGGGAAGACUAUACAAGCGAUGGCCUUCUUGGCCCAUUUGGCUGAGGAUAAAAAUAUAUGGGGCCCAUUUCUAGUGGUUGCUCCAGCAUCAGUCUUGAAUAAUUGGGCCGAUGAAAUAAGUAGAUUUUGCCCUGAUCUAAAAACACUUCCAUACUGGGGUGGACUUCAAGAACGGCAGAUUCUCAGGAAAAAUAUUAACCCGAAACGACUUUAUCGAAGGGAUGCUGGAUUUCAUAUACUCAUCACAAGCUACCAAUUAUUGGUUACUGAUGAGAAGUACUUGAAGCGUGUCAAAUGGCAGUACAUGGUACUAGAUGAGGCUCAGGCAAUCAAAAGUUCAAGCAGUAUAAGAUGGAAGACUCUUCUUAGUUUUAACUGUCGGAAUCGUUUGCUUCUGACGGGUACACCCAUCCAGAACAAUAUGGCAGAGUUAUGGGCUCUUCUACAUUUCAUCAUGCCCACUCUGUUUGAUAGCCAUGAGCAAUUCAAUGAAUGGUUUUCAAAAGGGAUAGAGAGUCAUGCAGAGCAUGGAGGCACCUUAAAUGAACACCAGCUAACUAGACUGCAUGCAGUACUCAAACCUUUUAUGUUGCGCCGGGUUAAGAAAGAUGUGAUAACUGAGCUGACUGGAAAGACAGAGAUAACCGUGAACUGCAAAUUGAGUUCCCGACAACAAGCUUUUUAUCAAGCUAUAAAGAAUAAGAUUUCUCUGUCUGAGCUUUUUGAUCAUACUCGUGGGCUUAGUGAGAAGAAGUUUAUGAGUUUGAUGAAUAUUGUUAUCCAGUUGAGAAAGGUUUGCAAUCAUCCAGAACUAUUUGAAAGGAAUGAGGGUACCUCAUAUCUUUAUUUUGGAGACAUUGGAAAUUCUUUGCUACCUCCUCCAUUUGGGGACUUGGAGGAUAUAUCAUAUGCUGGUGGUCGAAAUCCUAUAACAUACCAGACACCCAAAUUAGUCUAUGAAGAUGUUAUACGUGGUUCUGGGAUGCUUGUUUCUGCUGCUGGGCGUGGUCUCAGUAGAGGGUGUUUUGAGAAAUACCUCAACAUAUUUACCCCGAGUUCUGUACAUCGGUCCAUAAUACCCCAAGCAAACAGCACUAAUGCGCCAUCUGUCACAAGUGAAACAUUUGGCUUUACUCGUUUGAUGGGCCUGUCGCCUGAAGAGGUUUCCUUCUUGGCUAAUAGCUCUUUCUUGGAGAAGUUGAUGUUUGCUAUGUCGACACAAGAUAGACGGUAUUUUUAUGAGGCUGUAGACUUGAUGGAUGUAAAAGAUGGGGAUAUUCAAAUUGAAAGAGGAAAAGUUAGCGCUGUCAUCAGAAUGUUGUUAACACCUGGAAAAUCUGCUAGUAUGUCUCUGAGAAGAAAGUUUGCAACUGGUCCAAAGGAUGCUCCUUUCGAGUCUCUGGUGGUUGAUCAUGAGGAUAGAUUCAUGUCAAACAUUUCACUUCUUCAUUCAACAUAUACUUACAUCCCACAAAGUAGAGCACCACCGAUUGUUUCCCACUGUUCGGAUAGAAGUUUCUCUUAUCAAAUGAUUGAAGACCUACAUAACCCCUGGGUCAAAAGACUUUUUGUUGGGUUUGCUCGGACAUCUAAUUAUAGCGGACCUAGAAAGCCAAAUGGGCCCCCUCAUCAUUUGAUUGAAGAGAUAGAUUCCCAACUACCUGUAUCUCAGCCAGCACUUCAACUGACAUACAAGAUUUUUGGUUCUUGUCCACCCAUGCGGAGUUUUGAUCCAGCAAAGUUACUUACUGAUUCUGGGAAGCUACAGACCCUUGAUAUAUUAUUGAAGCGUUUGAGAGCUGAGAAUCACCGGGUUCUUUUAUUUGCACAAAUGACAAAAAUGCUAAAUAUUCUUGAGGACUACAUGAAUUAUCGAAAAUACAGGUAUCUUAGACUUGAUGGAUCAUCAACCAUUAUGGAUCGGCGGGACAUGGUUAGAGACUUUCAACUUAGGAAUGAUAUUUUUGUAUUUCUUCUGAGUACGAGGGCAGGUGGCCUGGGCAUCAAUCUAACUGCUGCUGAUACUGUGAUAUUCUAUGAAAGUGACUGGAAUCCAACUUUGGAUUUGCAAGCAAUGGAUAGAGCCCAUCGUCUGGGUCAGACCAAAGACGUUACUGUCUACCGUUUGAUUUGCAAAGAUACAGUUGAAGAAAAGAUUUUGCAAAGAGCAAGUCAAAAAAGUACUGUUCAGCAGCUUGUAAUGACUGGAGGGCAUGUACAAGGAGAUUUGUUGGCACCUGAGGAUGUUGUAUCGUUACUCAUCGACGAUGCACAAUUAGAACAGAAAUUGAAGGAAGUGCCAUUACAGGUCAAAGAUAAACAAAAGAAAAGGCGGGUGAACAAAGGUAUACGGAUAAAUGCAGAAGGAGAUGCGUCUUUGGAAGAUCUUGACGCGGUUGCAAAUGAAGCUGUCAAUAUUGAACCCUCUCCUGAUCCAGAUAAGGCAAAGCCUAACAAUAAGAAGAGAAAAGCUGCUGAUAAAAAUGGCCAAACAAAGCGAAAGGCUAAUAAAGUCACGAAUGCAGGAAUAGCUGAUGUUGGCUUAACUUCAGGGAAUGAGUUUGAUGACUCCAUCGACAACCUUGAACAACAACAAAGACCGAAGAGGCCAAAGAGGGAACGACCGACAAAGAGUGUGAACGAAAAUAUUGAACCUGCAUUUACCGCUAUGCCUGUUGAGGCCCUACAGCAGCCCGAAAUCCUAUCUGCUAUUGAUCGAAGUUCUGGUGGAUUUUCAAUGUCGGGGCAAAAUCUCAACUUUCAUCCGAGCAGUUUGUAGUUAGAUAUAAUUAAAAUUCAUAUCCUCCACUUUGUCCCUCUAGGGAGCCUUUGCUUACAUUCUUUUUGAUCCCCUAGGUUAGAUUUUGCAAAGCAAGCAAGCUCUUAUGUAAGUGUUGUACAGCUUCUUUAGUUACUGAUGCCAUUUUCAGCUGCCCAUUAUUAGCUGCAGCUACACUGUAUAUAAGGAAUAUUGAUCUCAGAAUAAUUAUAAGCCAAGUAUUUUCUUUUGCUA